AUGGGCAACAAACAAAAUGGGUCAAUAAUUAAUACAGAAUUUAAUGAUAAUUCUAAUAAUAAUUCUAAUACUAUUUCAAUAAAUAAAUUAAAUUCUUCAAAAUUUUCUCCAUCUUCAAUACAAAACAAUAAUAAUAACACCCCAAUUAUUUCUAUUAAUAAUAAUAGAAUUAAUAGAAGACGUUCAGAAUUUCAACAAAGUUCAAAAAAACCUUUAAAUUAUGAUAAUCGAAGUGGAGGGGAUAGUGGGGGGAAUUUAAUUGGAAUAAAUGGGGGAAUGUUAAAUGAAAGAACUCGUAGAGCAAGAAGGUGGUCAAGUGUUGUUACAGUAUCUAGAAACAAUGGAAAGCCAAAAAGAUUAACUCCACGACAAUGCCAUUUAAUUAUAAAAUCGUGGGGAAGGCGAACACCAAAAAGCCGUGUUGUUAAAGAUAUCUUUGCAUCAAUUUUUGGAGAAGCUGAAGAACUUAAAUCAGCAUUUGGCGUUGAACAAAAUAUAGCUGGAAGACGUUUAAGAACUGAUUCAAAUUUUGUUUCCCACACAAAUUUAUUUGCUGAUACUUUGGAUUUUGUUGUCAGAAAUUUGGAUGAUUUUUCACUUGUAACAGAAAAUGCUGAAAAAUUAGGAAAAAAACAUGCAACAUUCCCUUUAGAAAAUGGUUUUAAACCUGAAUAUUGGAAUAUUUUUGCUGAAUGUAUUGUAGAAGGUAUUUCAGCUGGUGAAGAAUGUAAAGAAACAUUACUUGCUUGGCGUCAAUUAGUUCAAACUGUUAUUUAUUAUAUGAAACUUGGAUAUGAUCGAGAAACAUUGCGGUUAGCCCGUCAUGCUUCACUUCGACGUUCUUACUCACCAACUCGAGCUGCAAGAAUUCAACAACAGCAAUCCCUCGAACAACCAAAUCAACGUUUCUCUUCUGGACUUAUUCCAAUUUCCCCACUCGCAGUUAGCUUUGAAGAAACAAAUAAUUACAGACAACAAACUUUAUUAGAUGAAACGAGAAGGAAUAGUUAUACUACAAAAAUGUCAACACUUUCAACACCAACUAUGGACAAUAAACGAAUAAAUUUAUUGAGAUAAUUGAUCGAUAUUUUAAUUUCAUUAUUAAUAAAGUUUGCCCGCGUUUUACGUUAAUUUUCAGUGCAUCGAGAUCUCGAUAUUGAAAUGAGCUAUAGACCUGGCUCUUUUUUUAUUUUUUCUAAGUAUCGAUAAAGAUGCUUUCUCAAAUAUUUGUACCCUAUCAUUCAAAAUAAAAUUAAAGUGUUUCCAUAUAAAAUAAAGUGCACCAGUCAAAGAGUAAAAUUAAAAAUCAUGUAUAAAGUCGCGCUGA